AUCAGCCUAUCCAUGCUGAACCUGCCCGCGCUCCUAUUCUGGAACGCCGCCUACUGGGGCGCCCUGAGCCUCCACUGGCACCUGUGGAUCCCGUCCGUGGACGUCGGCUGCUCGAUGGAGCGCCUCAACCAGAUGCAGAUGAUCGUCAUCGCGGAGCUGCCGACACGAUCGCCGACGUUUUCCACGCGAACAUGCGCGACAGGCUUGGGGGCGCAACGAAGAUGGAGAUCUUCCAUGUCUGCUUUGUGGACACUCUGACGCAGCUGCCCCAGCAUCUCAUUGGCCUUAGGGAGAACAGCGACUCGGAUUUGUUGGAUCGACAUCUUGUCCCGGAGCCAGAUCACGCUCCCUGCCAGCCAGGGAUGGCCGUCGUGUUCGACGCGCUCACGUUCAAGGUUCUGGAGGUAUCCACAGAAUUCGUGAAGCGCUUCGGGCCGUGCCGGGCCAGCGCGGUGGUCUGCGACUGGCUGGACUUGAAGGACCCCACUGUCGAGGUUAUGUGCGACAACAUCAACCUCUUCGCCAACGGCGCUGCUCCCACCUGCUCCUUCGAGCUCUGGCCGCUAACGCUGCGACUGACUUGCAGCGGCCCGGCGGACUAUCCCGCGUCGUUCAUGCUCACGCGGGUACAGUCCGACGACGGCGAGGAUCAGAUUGUGGCGUUCAUGGUGUUACCCCCUUGCGGCGGAAUGCACCACGGCCUGAUCGAGUGCGGCCACAGCCACAGCGGCGAGGCCAGAGCCAGGGCGGCCACGAACCACGGAGCGGACCCCGGCCGGGGCCACGGCCUCGGCAGCGAGGCGGGCAGCGCCUCCGAGCGCGCCCAAGAGGUGCGGACGCACCGCGCAGAGCGGCUGCUCGCCGAGCUGGCCCACGCCGAGGCGGCCGCCGCGGCACCGGGAGCGCCGCUCGCCGCGCCGUUCGUGUCCACCUCGCGGUCCUCCUCCUCCUGGGCCUGGGGUGCCGCCGCCGAGGCGGCCGCCGCGGCACUGGGAGCGCCGCUCGCCGCGCCGUCCGUGUCCACCUCGCGGUCCUCCUCCUCCUCCUGGGCCCACGCUGCGGGUGCCGCCGCCGAGGCGUGGCCCUCCCCGCGGGCCGAGGGCCGCGUCGCAGGGGGCGGCGGCGCCGCGCAGCGGCGCAGGUCCGUGUCCCCGCACAGCUCCGCGUCGAGCUUCCAGACCAGUAUCUGAGGGCGCGGCCGGGCAAGGCGCGUGGGCGCCCUGCCAGGCCCCGGGGACCCGUGGUCUCUCUGGUAGUGGCUUGUGGUCUCUGGUCUCGGGCACGGUCAGGCGGAUGGGUGGGUGUAGUAUACAGUCCGAUGGCCUGGCGAAUGCGGUCCGCGGCCGUGCCCACGCGACCACCCUAAUACCCUAAAGUUUUGCUCCUUCAUAAUUAGCAUCGCGGCCCCGUCAUCCGGAUGCUUCCUGCAUCGCCCGCCGUAUCAACUCGCAUCAUAAA